UUCGCGUAUUGAUGAUGCCUCUGCCCAGUGGAAUAUAUUUAAGAUAAAAAAGCAAGACGCAUUACGCUUGUGCGUUUCUGUAAAAAACAUCGGUAACUCAAUUUCUGUGCAAUUUUACAUCAAUCAUACCUUAAAUCUACAGAAAUUUUGCUCUGAAGAUUUACUGAGUAAUUUUGAGAUGAGCGUGUACGGCGGCGAUAGCUGGGCGCGGGAGGCACAACACCGGAAGCGAAACGUCGACGAUUUGAUGAUCGAACGCAUCGAUUCAUCUAUUUAUAAGAAACUUUCCAGCGGCAAGUUUGCCUGUCUCGUUUGCCCUACCAAUCCCGUUCUCGACUCCCCCACAAUGCUCUCGACGCAUGUGAGCGGCUCACAGCAUCAAGCUGCCGAGCUGAGGCGUAAAAGCAGAGAAUUGGCUAAGCAAGAAGAAGUUAAGAAACGAUUAGCGUUGUCGGGCCUUGUUAGUGCUAAAGCUCCUGCAAUCAAGCAGUUGAAAUCAACCAGCAAACCCUUGAUUGAGCAAGCUCGAAAGGCUGUAUUCGACGCAAUUUCUGGCAGUGUUGCCAUACCAGAGGUGAUGCCCACAGUUGCUAAUUUGGGGAGGCCGUUUGUUGGAGAUAAUGGCAGCAAUGCUGAUGGAGUUGUUAGAGAGGUUCAGCCAUUGAAUUAUCGACUACGCCAAGAGAGGGAACUCAAGUUCACAGCUGCUGGAUGGAUACGCGAUUGCCACGGUAGAUGGUUCAAGGAUGAAAAUGUUGAAUUUGAUUCUGAUGAAGAAGACCCAAACAUUGUCUUAAACGAGAGCACUUGAUUUAAGAAAUAUCAUUAUCAGAGUCUAGUUCUAGUAUACGAAAGAUGCAAGGAUUCAGCCUGAGAACCUCUUACAAUGCCGUUGCUCCUUUUACCUCACCACAAUGUUGCGCCCUUGGUAUCUACUAUCUACACACCCAUCCAGUACGCGUUUUUCCAUCACGCACGUCCAUCAUCGUAUCAUGACUAACUUUGUCGUGAAUUCGUGAUGAGGGACAUCGAGUUGUUGCUGGCAGUCCUCUAUCUUAACAUUGAGUUUGGUGUCAUCUAUCUCUGGAGCUAAUGAUGUAGUUUGAGGGAUUCGUAUCAUCAACUAAUAUGCUGAGAAAGAUGUGUUGAAUUUAAGUUUGUGGUGCAAGUGAGAAUUGGGAGGGGUAUUUAAUUCGUUGAUUUAUACUUUUUGUCCAAAGAGGGGAGACUAGGAUUGAAGGUGAAGUCGAUUGUUUCAUCGCUUUCACAAUUUUUUUUAUUUCUUCUUUGAUGCUGACUUAGACAAUUUUAUGCUAUAGAUUCAUAGUGUAAUGUUUAGACGUUA